AUGGGUAUACCUGGUCUCUGGGAAGAGGUCGAGCGCGUACUCACUCUACAGGAUACAACGCUUGCUGCAGAAAGUGCAGCAUGCGUCGAGGCCAAAGGUCGCCCGCUCCGCAUCGCAGUAGACGCAUCUGUGGUAAUAUAUAAGCUGCGCGAGAGCACCAGGCCGGCAGCAAAAUAUGGCGGCAUGAACCAUCCCAGUCGAACGUUCAUGACGACGGCCUGCAAUCUCAUGAUUCAAGGUGUACAGCCGGUAUACAUCUUCGAUGGACCUGGACGGCCGACAUGCAAGCGUGACAAGUUUCGACCGAUCGCCAAGCGAACGAACCUAUACGUCCCUCCUCCAGCACCGAAUGCUCAUGGGACGCGUGACAUCGAACAAGAGUAUGAGUUCACCCAUGUCGAGGAUCUGGCCAAACAAGUUCUGGACCUGAUGGGAGUUCCGAGGUGGGAUGCGCCUGGUGAAGCAGAAGCGGAAUGCGUCGCGCUCGAGAAAGCCGGGUUAGUCGACGGCAUAUACACGAGCGAUGGCGAUGCUUUGGCGUUCGGUGGGCAAUGCAUUUACAGAGCCAGAAAGAACGACCAGGAGGAGGAGAAGAACGACAAGGAGGAGAAGAAGAAGAACGACGAGGAACUGCAAAAGAUACAGGCCGCCGAUCUCGAGACAGCCGGACGGCCUGCCAAAGUCCUCGCGCUUGCUGCACUGCUAGCUGGCGGUGACUACCGCCAUGGCCUCCGUAAUUGCGGCUUCUUGAAUGCAUUGCGGAUCGUCGAAAAAUCUGCCGCUUUGGAAAAGCUCUACCAUAUCGGGAAAAGCACUGCAAAGGAAGAAGCACGCAAAGGCAUGCUGAAUGGCUGGAGGAUAAGCCAACGGGAUACAUUCGUUGGUGCAGUACGGAACAUCUCGAGAUUGAUUGCGGACACCGUGCCUUCCGACUGGCCGAGUGCACAACUGCUCGGACUCUGCUUGCGGCCCAUGAUUUCCGAUGAUGCUACUCUGGAGCAGCUCCGGUCAACCAUAUGGAUCCCCAAGCAACCCAACAUUGUAGAGCUUCGAGCAUUCACUGCCCGCAUGUUCGGAUGGCAAAGCCGACAGCGCGCGAAACAAUUCCUCCACCGUCUUACGCCAGGCCUUCUUGCAAACAAGCUGAUGGCGGCUGGAUGUCAGGGACAGGACGCAACAGACCUCAUCGUUCAAGCCAAAGCAAAACAGCAGAGGAAGGAUACCGCAAACAGAUCACCUGUGGUAAAGGUUAGCUUCAUGGCACUUGAGAUCGCACCGAUCGACUAUGAUGGGGAACCGAUAGUGCCGGGGUUCGAGUGGGAUGAGCGCGAUAAGAAGGACCCGAAAGUGCCGUAUGAGGAGGAGUAUCCGGAGUUCUUGGCCACAUUCGGAGCACCUUCGUCUCUCCCAAGAAAUGCGGCGGGCAGGAACAGUGGCAAUAGCAAGAGACCAGCUGAAAGCGAUACAGCCAGCAGCUCGACGAAGAAAGCGAAGGCAACAAGACGAAAACCUUCGGCCGAGUCCACGAAUACGCAACGCAACAGCCCGUCCACAGUGGGAACGACGAAUAACGGCUUUACAAUAUCGGGGUUCAGGAUGCCGACACGCCUGGACAUAUCGUUUGCUGGCAACGAGGAUGUCAUCGACUUGACGUGA